CGCAGUCAACCGAAAGUAAAUUUUGGACUUUCUUCCAAACCACUUUAAGCCCUUCAUCACUGACAGCGACGUCCAGAUGGCUGACUCCUACAACUCCCGCGUCGGUGACCUCUCACCCUCUCCAAAUGGCUACGGGAACGGUUCCAGUCCGUCGUUGACCCAAACUAACAACGCUGGCAUUUCACCCGUCAUUCGCAAAAAGCUCAUGGGCUACGUCGGCUUCGCCAACCUUCCCAACCAAGUCCACAGGAAGAGCGUCCGCAAAGGUUUCCAGUUCACUACAAUGGUCGUCGGCGAGUCGGGUUUGGGAAAGUCUACGCUAAUCAACACCCUAUUCAACACGCCUCUAUACCCUCCCAAGGAGCCCCUUCCUCCUGCAGCUGAACGACCCAAAACGGUUGCUAUUGAAAGCAUUGGCGCAGAUAUUGAGGAGAACGGCGUUCGUCUACAUCUCACUGUCGUUGAUACCCCCGGUUUUGGUGAUUUCGUCAACAAUGAUGACAGCUGGAGGCCGAUCGUAGAAAACAUCGAGUCGCGCUUCGACUCAUAUCUGGAGCAGGAGAAUCGCGUAAACCGGCAGAAGAUCGUUGACAACCGUGUUCAUGCCUGUCUUUACUUCAUUCAGCCCACGGGUCACUCGCUGAAACAACUCGACAUUGAAUUCAUGCGUCGCUUGCACACCCGAGUUAACCUUAUUCCAGUCAUCGCCAAAGCCGACACGUUGACGGACGAGGAAAUUGUUGCCUUCAAAGCCAGGAUCCUUGCAGACAUCGCUCACCACAAUAUACACAUCUUCCAGGCGCCCAGCUAUGAGAACGAAGAUGAAGAAACUCUUGCUGAGGCCGAGGAGAUUGCUAGCAAGAUUCCUUUUGCAGUCGUUGGUUCGGACAAUGUUGUGGACACCACCGACGGUCGUCAAGUCCGUGGACGUGCCUACCCUUGGGGUGUUAUUGAAGUCGACAACGAGGAACACUGUGAUUUUGUUAAGCUGCGCCAGAUGCUCGUCCGGACCUACAUGGAGGAGCUGAGAGAAUAUACGAAUGAUGUGCUGUAUGAAAACUGGCGAAGUGAGAAACUUCUUAGCAUGGGUGUCGCCCAGGAUUCCAGUGUCUUCAGGGAGAUCAAUCCUUCGGCCAAGAUCCAGGAGGAACGCAUCCUGCAUGAGGCCAAGCUUUCCAAGAUGGAGGCUGAGAUGAAGAUGGUGUUCCAGCAGAAAGUCCAGGAGAAAGAGUCGAAGCUGAAGCAGUCCGAGGAGGAACUUUAUGCUCGACACAAGGAAAUGAAGGACGCUCUCGACAAGCAGCGCGCAGAUUUGGAAGACAAGAAGCGAAGAAUCGAGAGUGGUCGACCGCUGACCCCAGAGAAGAAUACUACCAAAAAUCGUCGCUUCUUGCGGUAGAUUCAUUUCGUCUUGGUUCUUCCUUAUUAUUGUUCUCUCUUCGCCCCUUCUUUAGUAUCCUUGCUAUCGUAUAUUGCCUUUGCGUUUCACUCGUUACCUUGCCCUCGAACAUCCUACACUCUUUUGGAUUGAUAUCCAGGCUUGGCUACCCUCCACCCUUUUAGUACUAUGAUCAACUUCUUAUGCGGAGUUUCUGGGCGUUGAAGGACGUCGAGGGGACGAUUGGAUUUUAUUUCUGUGAUGACUGCGCGAGAUACCCGGUGUUGCCACUAUGUCAAUACUGAUAAACAGAUAACCUUUGAGUGUCAGAGCUUAAUGAGAUUUGAUCACAAACCAC